AUGCACUCUCCCUCUCUGUGGUCUCAUGGGAAAGAACCCAGGGCAGCCCUUGCACCCAUUUGGCUGAUGUGGCUCACUGAGGCACAUAGAGGCACAGCUACAGUACGGAACAAGAAUCAGGACCCAGGGUUUCUGGCUCCUAGCCCGCAGCCUGUGGCCCAGGUUGCCUGGGCUGGGGUGGGGCUGGGAAACGACGUGAGAGGGCAGCACCCGCCCUGUCCCCCCUACUCUGCAGGACAAGUAGUAGCCCCGUCCUGCCCCAGAGACUCUGACUCAGAGUCGUCAUCUGCUGCUGUGUUCUUGUGGCUUCCUGGGGGGCUGCUCGCAGUGCCGAAGACUGAUGUGCAAACAGUCCCCUUCCGCCCUCCCCCGACUCCCGCCCCCCCAGCCCCCGCCUCACUGCCACGUGGGCUGUGGAUGCUGCUGCAGGAGAAGGAGCCUCCCCUGAUCCACAGGAGCAUCUUUACCCCUUCCUUCAGCAGGUCCGUACAUCCCCCACCCCAGAGUCUGGGACAGGGCUCCAAGCUUCCCUUGCAGCACCCCCUUGGCCCUUGGCCCUGUGCCCAGAACUCUAGGGGGGUCAGUAGCAGCCAGGGGCAGGAGGCAGAACGGGAGAGGGCCGCCCACCUCCAAGGUCCCCUCAUUUGGGGGGAGGCCCUGUAG